AUGACGGAACGUUGCCCGAAAUCCCCACUCAUGGCAGCGAAGGACGAAUCAUCACGUGAAAUAUCCAAUCUAGUGGGCCAAGAGCCGUCCCGACCGGAGCGCGCAGCCGCUCAGCUAUGUCAAUUGAAAAUAAGAUUCGAGUUCUCUCAACAAUCUAAUUCCGCAUCCCAAUCGAUGCCGUCUGUCAACCCCAAACGACGAAUCGAGGCAUCGGCAUCAUCGCUCUCGGCGGGACCAUGCUCGCCGUCUGUCGAGGCGUUGCUCGCGGCCACCGUCAGUCGCGUCGAGUCUGUCGUUGCGGCGGCAGCAGCGGUCGUGGAUUCGGAAACGGUAUCCGCCAAUCCGGGGAAAGUAUCCGAAAAGAAAAGCUCGACGACGACAUCGAUCGUCACGACACCGGUCUCCUCGAAGUUCCGUCCGAGGGACGCCGCGGUUUCCGCGUCGACGCUACGGAGACAGCUCCAGGACGCCAGGACAGCCUCGCCAGCGUCUGCUGAUUCUCCGGUCGUUCUCCCGCAAGAUGUGGGGGGAACAAGUUCAUCCAAUGGCAUCUCGAGCAGGUCGUCGGCUCCCGCCGCCAGUUGCCUUUUGACGGCGUCUUCAACUGUGAUAUGUGAAUCGACUCCGGAUCCCGAUACAGCGUCUCCGAAUCUCCCAGAGACACCCGCCAAGCAAGCGGUGUCCCAGAUCCUCGAUUCCCCGAAUCCCAAGUCUUCUCAGAAUGGAGGCAAGCCCGCUCAGGGCAGCCUCCUUAGAAUGCCAAUAGUGUAUGUCAAUGACUGCAUGAAUCUCAGUAAGGCUAUCGAAGCGAAGUGCGAAGCCCACAAAUUAACUUCGUCGCCGGCUGCGGGUAAGACGAGAUCAGCCGCUGGCGGUGACGAAGAUCGCCCCGACGACCCGAACGAACUUGACAUCCAAAUAUCCCAUGAGCCCGAAACCACUCCGAGUGCGAUCCGGAAUCUGAAAAGACUGUCGGACGACGAUUUCAUCGAGAGCACUCCGAAGAAACAACCCGCUCUGAUGGCUCGAAGGAAAGAACUCGAAAUUCCGGUUCUCAGUCCAGUGAUGAGAGAUUCAAUCGAUAGUCCCGGCUCUCCGAUGACGCGAAGUAUGAGCCGACGCAUCGAAGAGGGCACGACCGCUACGGGUGACAACUCCUCCGCUUGCAAAUCUGUGAUAGCUAUUAAUUCGUUCGGGAGUUCUUCACCCAGCGAAAAUGAAGAGUCUACCUUAUCGUUGCAUGCCAAAUCAUUCCUCAACAAGAAGGUCCAAUUCAGUAAGGUCAGUCUGUACCUUUUCGAGAGGGAACAAGGUUUCACCAGUGUUCCCUCGGAAGGCGGAUCAACUCUCGGUAUGGGUGCCCAGCAUCUAGAACUCCAAGAGUAUUCGAUCGAAGAGUACGCUGAGAUACGAAGAGCGCAAAUGUCAAACACCCUGGGGGCUACUCUUUCGCAAGGCCAAGACGUGGAAGGACUCAUAGUUCAACCGCUGCCCACGAGACGUCGAAGAGAACUUUUGAGGCAAUCUGGCGUACGGAACAUCGAUGCCCUGGAGAAAGAGGAAUUGCAGAUGAUAAGAGUGUCGCGGCAACAGUGCGGUUGCAGCUGCAUCGGCCAAUGUCUUCCCGGUUCCUGCAUGUGUCUGGAGCUGGGGAUCGAGUGUCAGGUAGGCUGAGUUGGAUAAGUCGAUCAUGGCUUCUACCCCUGCGGUUGCACGGUUGAGGGCUGCUCGAAUCCUCUCGGCCGUCACGAAUUCAACAGGAGCAAAGUCAAAGUGCAUGUGAAGGCUGCUUGCGCAAGAGCGAAUCGAGAACUUGGGCUCCCCGAAGUUCUUGAGGACAUAAUGACAUCAGCUGAUUCUCCGGAUAACUUUGGAUCUCAAGAAGAAGUUUACACAAGCUCCGAGUGCUCCGAAAACAGCGACUAUUCGUCACCCGAGGACACCAUUAUCGAGGAGUCGGAUGCUACCAUGGACCCCGACGCUGUGCUCUCGCCUAAGCACGCUCCGUCUGUGGCUCCGAUCUCAGAGGGAAGCGAGGGAGCGACCAUGGAUUCGGGGGCGAAGUCCGUGAGCUAG